AUGGCUAUUCAUUGGACAUCUGAAAGUUCAACUAGAAAAAAAGAAAUUGAAAGUAUCAUGGCGUGGAGUGUGUUCAUAUACAUCCAGGCGGCGCUUGGCGGCUCGCUUUGGACGAGUAUUACGUCGCCAGAAGGAUCGGUCAGUGUGCCGACAAGUGCGGUUGCCACAAUUACAUCGACAACAAUUAAGCCACAAUGGGAACCUUCCCUGCCUGGAAACACAUUUGUCGACACACUAGGCCCAAACUCACCGUUAUCAGAAUACCUGCCUGUCAAAUUAUGUCUGGGUAUACACGAUGUAUUCAUUGCUCUGUUUUUAGUAAUGCUGAUCCUGUUAACCAUUUUUGGUAAUAUACUGGUGGUUCUCUCCGUGGUUGUUUACAAACGAAUGAGAACGUUCACGAAUAUACUGCUCACUUCGCUAGCCACCGCCGACUUGUUAGUCGGUCUCAUAGUCAUGCCAAUGUCACUUUUGGACCUUUUGCAUAAUCAUCGAUGGCCACUCGGUCGAUUCUUAUGCCGAAUGUGGGCCACAUCAGAUGUUCUGCUGUGCACUGCCAGUAUUCUCAAUCUCUGCGUUAUCAGCCUCGAUCGCUAUUUCGCCAUCACAUCACCCCUCAAAUACCCAAGAACAAGAUCUCGGAAAAUGGCGGCAGGACUUCUAACAGGUGUAUGGACACUAUCCUUCGUGGUAUGCAGUCCUCCAUGGGUAGUUCCGAGUUGGAACCUCUUCACUGAUAAUAACAAUAAUACGGGAUCAAGUGAAGAUUUCAAAUGUGCCUACUCCCCAUCAGUCGCAUAUCGUAUCUACAGUGCUCUAGGAAGUUUCUACUUACCACUGCUCGUCAUGCUUUUUGUAUAUUUCAAAAUCUUCCGGGUCGCUUCUGAACGUGAAGCCCUUAUGAGACAAUCCGUUGGAACUUGUCGACUCAGUAAUCGACUCACCAAGACGCAGCAGAAAAACCAGAGAAAUAAUCUGAGAACUGCUAGUGCACCUCACUCACGUACACGAGUUCAAGUCAACCACAACUGCGGUCGAGUGAACUACUCAGUGAGACCGAUGGAGUAUGCAAACCGUUUGGAAAACUCAUUGAAGCCAAGCACGGAAAGAUUCGAUUCAACCGACUGUGAAGAUUCACCACCAAAUGGGGAUAGUCUGGAAGCAGGAACUACGUGCAAUAUCUCCAUGUCUUUGGUGACGAAUUCUCCUCCAAAUGGAUCACAGAAAGAGGCCAAAAACUCAAUGGAGCGAGAAUGUCAUUCUUUGGCUGACAUUGUCAACAGCGCCGAUACUCCAGUUAGGAAGAACACUGAAGUUGGAAUUGCUCCGUCGUUGAGUAAAAGAGCUAGACAAUGCAAUGCUAGACUGCAGCCUAAUAACUUACUUCAAAAGGCUCAUGAACAUUAUCAAAUUAACGGUCCAGGAAAGGCUGUUCGUGGCUCAAAAGAAAAAAUGGUGUAUUUGAGGGAACGAAAAGCUUUGAAGACUAUUGGAAUCGUGGUUUUAGGAUUCAUCAUUUGCUGGAUGCCAUUCUUCAUCAUGUAUUUGGUGGAAGUGUUUAUUUCUGAUCCAGUCGCUGAGUCAGCAGUCUACAGAAUCACCUCAGAGUUCUUCUUAUGGCUGGGCUACUCUAACUCGGUUCUCAACCCAAUCAUCUACACUAUGUACAACGGUGACUUCCGACGAUGCUUCCGUGAUCUCCUUUCAUUCGGCUGUGUUCAACAUCAUCGACGAACCAUGAGCGUCAAGAAACUUCAUCAACAAUCAACAAUAUUCUAA